GUGUAUAGGAGAAUAUUCAUUAAUUGUGAACACAGCUACAGAGACUGCAACUUUCCAAACUCAGGAUACUUAUGAAAUCACUCCUCUUAUGAGACCCAUUUAUAUUUUUUUCUUUGUUUCUGUGGAUCUUGCACACAGAUUGCAGAUUUCUCUUUCCCAGGUUAGUGUCCAGGUAGAAAUGUACAGGCAUAUUAUGGACUUGAUAUUUGUAUUCCCUUAGAAUUGAAUCCCACAAUUCCCUCACAAAUUGAAUCCCAAACCCCAAUAUGAUAUUAUUUGGAGAUACAGCCUUGGGGAGAUAAUUAGAAGAUGGGGCCCUGGAUGGGAUCACUACUCUUUUAGGAGACAUAGAAGACUUUGAUCUCUUGGUGAGGACAGCAAGAAGUGGGUGAACUGUAGGCCAGGAAAACUCUCACCAGACUCCUACUAUACUAAAACUCUAAUCUUGGACUUCCAGUAUCCAGAACUGAGAAAAUAAGUUUCUGGUGUUUAAACUACUCAGUCUGGUAUUUUGUUAUGACAGCUCACCCUAAGAUUUGGGUACUAAGAAGUAGCAUGGUCCUAUAACAAAUACCUAAAAAUGUAGAAGUGGCUUUGAAAUUGGGUAACAGGUACAGACUGGAAGUGUUUGGGCAUGCAUGCUAGAAAUAAAAAUGUUAGAGGUAACUGAUAAAGUUUCAGAUGGAAAUGAGUAACAUGUUAUUGAAACUGGAAAAAAGGUAAUCCUUGUGAUUAAGUAGCAAAGAACUUGACUGCACAGUGUUGUAGCUUUUGCAAGUGAUGAAAUUGGAUAUUUAGGUAAGGAGAUUUCAAAGCAAAGUAUUGAAGGAGCAGCUUGAUUGCCUCUGACUGCUUAUAGUAAAAUGCAAAAGGAGACAGAAGAAUUGAAGAGGGAAUUGUUAAGCAAAACACGGAACCAGAACCUGAAGAUUAGGAAAAUUCUCAGCCUAUCCAUAUAUUGGAAAACAUAAGAAAGCAUUUUCUGAUGAGAACACUAAGGUGUGGCUGGAUUAUUACUUAAUGAAGAGUUUAUGGGGGCUUGGGCUGUGGUUUGGUGGCAGAGCACUUGCCUAGCACGUGUGAGGCGCUGGGUUUGAUCCUUAGCACCACAUAAAAAUAAAAGCAUUAUGUGAGUAGAAACACUGCCAGUUCAAAUUAAAGGAGAUCAAGAAAGGACAAAAUGAAGAGGCCUGUUGAACUUCUUGGAUCUUACAAGACGGUGAUAGAACUAUUCAACUGCAAUCUGGCAGCAGUGACACGCCUGUAGUUCCCAGAAGCUGAAGCAGAAGGGUCAUAAGUUUCAAGGUCAGCCUCAGCAACAUGGCGAGGUCCUCAGAAAUGUAGUGAGAACCUGUCUCAAAAUAAAAAAAAAUAUAAAGGGCUGGAGGUAUAACUCAGUGGUAAAGCACCGGGGUUUGAUCCCCAGUACCAAAAAAAUAAAAGAUCUAGUCAGCUGCAAAUGUGCAUUUUUCUACAAGAAAAGAGAAAAAUUAUGCCCAAGGUGAUUCAGAGGUCAUUAAGGUUGUACCUCAGUUUCAUUAGGCCACCUGAACUCUGACAAAAGCCUUGAAGGCAGGAUCAUUCUUCAGAGUCACAGGAGAAGGACCCCUGUGUAGAGCUGUGGGGGUGAUACUUCUACUCCAGCGGCCCAGAGGACAGAGUAUGGAACUAACGAAAAUCAUUCUCAAGCCUUAAGGUCUAAUGGAAUUUGCCUUGCUAGGUUUAGACUUCCUUGGAACCUAUCACCCUUUCCUUUUUUAUUUCUCCCUUUUGGAGUAUAUGGAAUGUUUUUCCUAUUCCUGUAUCACCAUUGUAUUUUGGAAAUACAUUACUUGUCUAGAUUCACAGGUGAUUUAGAUGAGACUUUAAAGUUAAUGCUGGAAUCAGUUAAGACUUUGGGGGCCAUUAGAACAAUAUGAAUGUAUUUUGCAUGGGAGAAGGUUAUGAAUUUGGGGGUGAGUGCAAGGGAUAGGGAUGGAAAAGUUUGCACCAAAUCAUCUUCUCAAAAUUUUUAUAUUGAAGCUAUAACCCUCAAUGUGAUGUUAACUAGAGAUAGAACCUUUGGGAAUUAAUUAGGUCAUGAAGGUGGAGUCCUACUUAGUCUCAUGGUAUUAAUUCCCUUAUAAGAAGAGACUCCAGAGAACUUGCUCUCAGGCACCAGGAAAAGGCCCCUCACCAGAAUCCGACCAUGCUAGCACUCUGAUCUUAGACUUUCAGCCUCCAAAACCGAGAAAGUUAAUUCCUGAUGUUUAAGCCACCCCUGUAUGGUAUUUUGUUAAUGCGACCUAAGCUAAGACAAGACUUUUAAAAUAUUUAGUUUGUACACUGAACUGACGUUCUGUAGAGUCCGUUCACUACUCCCUGAAUCUGAAUCUCUUCUAAUUGUGCUGUGUUUAUGGAAUCAUAGGACAAUAUAUGUAGUUCUUCGUUUAAUCAAAUAUGAAAGGGGAGAGUUAAUAUAAAAUUUGCCUUUAAUUGACUUUUUAGUAUCAUUUACUAACUUAUAAGGUAAUUAUAAUGAAGUGCUUAAUUUUGGAGAGUUAGUAGAGAUUGUUUUGUGUGUAUAUGUGCGUUUUUGUUGUUCGUUUUUGUUUUUUUGUUUUUGGUACUAAGGAUUUAGCCCAGGGAUAUUUUACAACUAAACUACAUCCUCAGAAUUUUUAAUUUUUAUUUUGAGGAUCUUGCUACAUUAAUGAGGGUGACCUCGAACUUAUGAUCCUCCUCUCUUAGCCUCUAGAAUCAUUGGGAUUACAGGUAUUUGCCACCAUAUCCAGCUUAGAAUGAUAUUGAGUGUGUGUAUGCAUGGGACCUUCUUUGCACGGGUACAGAAUUAAGUUUAUGAGAUUGUGAUGAUUAUUUUCAGAAUACAGAUUAUUGAGUUACUAUCUCAGCCAUUUCUGAAAUCAUGAAUUACAUUCAUGUUAUAGUACAUCUUUGUAUAUAAAAUGGUGUCCUAAAUUCUUUAAUUUUAUUUUUAAAAAAUCACAGAUUAAAUUUUUAAUUUGGUUACCUUAACUUCUGUACUAAUUUCUAAAUCAAAGUGCAAAAAAGGUUUUUAUAUAUUGUUUUACUGUUUAAAGUUUGAUAAUCGUAAAGGGGUUUUUUUUUAUGACUUAAAAACAAAAACCAAAGGGAAUCUCCAUAUCUAUUUUAAAGAAGAAAGUGGUUUAUGUAAUGAAAUUAACUCUCAUUUCAUUUUUAGAAAAGUUUAACUUGUGAAUAACAAAAUAAUAAAGAAUUAACGAUCUUUGUACAGUAGGUAUGAUGUAUGAUGCAUGAAAUGCACGCACUCUUAAAAUCUGGGCAGUUGUCAGAAAUAUCUAAUUGUUCCUUAAUUCUGUUUCAGAAGAUGUGAAAGAAAGGUGAAGAGAUGUACUUCUAUAAUGUAAUUUUUUUUCUUUACCCUUUCUUUACCUAAUACAGUUGCAUGACAAUUUUAAAUUACUGUGCAUUUUUGUUUUAUCAAAGACAAAUAUUUAAUUUAUAGUGCUUUUGCUCAGGAAUUAUUUGAAAGAAUGUUGCAGUUUACAUCCUCCUAACCACUUUAUGGGACACUUUUUGCAUAGCAUGUGGAUCUUAGUGAGCUUUCAGAAUACAAUGUAUUUAGUAGUUUUUAAGUUCAAAACAACAAUUUUUUCUUCAGGGCUGAGAUUUUUUACCCCAGAAAAUUAAUGUUAAUUAACAUCAUCAGAAACAUUAGAUUCAAAGGUUUUUUUCAUAUAAAAGAAUUAACCACAAUUAUCAAUUUGAGUCUGAGUCUUAUAUGUAUGUUUAGUUACUUCAAUUAUGUAUCCUUGUUCAUAAUAUUCAUAUAUAAAAGUACUGUGCCAUUGCAUAUUAUUUAAGAACAAAAGAUUUAAAGAGGUAGAAUCUAAUUUUGGUAAAAAUAUUUCCUGAGUAUACAUUGGUUAUACACAAAUUACCCUAUCCUUGAGUGUGUUCACAAGAUGAUUAUUUUCUUGGGAAAAAUGUGCUGUACAGAUCUGCAUGUUUUCUUUACCUUCCUGUGGGAUAUCUGGUUUGGUUGGUUGUUUGUAGAGUUCUCAGAAUGAAAUGAAUUUUAUUUUAAAAUUAUACUACAGAAAGUAUUAUCCUCAUUUCACAUUGUUAAUAUUGUAUUCAUUAAUUCUCUGCUUAUAAUAAUUUGAAGGUCAUACAUUGUGAGACAGUAUAUUAGGUGAUGUAGGUCCUAGUAUCUCUGUGAGCAAACAUGAUAUACCAUUAUUAUGUUGUAGUUGUUAUACAUUUGCUUCUGGGCUGUUAUCAUAUACUUAAGUUGUUAUCUGUUGUAAUACUUUUCUCUCUCCUUACCUAGCAGCUGAGACAUUCAAGUACAAUCAUAAGUUUUGAGCUAUAGUUUUCUGUUUAUAAAGUCUUUAGUAUUCCGUAAGUACCCUGACUUUGUUGGUAUCCAGACCCAGUGUUUAGUUAACCUUAUUCCAGAAAAUUAGCAAUAUGUUGAUAUUGUUUAUUUUCCUAUGCUUUAAAUUUUCAUUAAAAUUAUCUGAAACAAUUUAAUAAUGUUAUAUUUUCACUGGAAAUGCUAUACCAAGUAUCAGUUUCUACACUUAUAGAGGCAGCCCAUACUUUGUGACAAGACUAUGUCAUAUGAUUUUAUGUUCUCAAAGACAUUUUUGCUUAUAAAAAUAAAACACUAUCAUAAAUGCCAAUUAAGUUCCCAGGUUAACUCACAGUGAUAUAGUCAUGACCAUGUUGCUGAUUGUUGAUAUUAACUAUACUGCAAGCUACUAAUGUAUGAAUGUUAGUAAGGCUUUUGCUUUCCCAAAGUUACCUGCAAUUUUAUAUUGUAAAAUAUUAAAUUCUAUAGAGAAUCAUUGAUAAAAUUUCAGCCAGUGUAGUUUGGAUUUAGGGGAAACAUUUGCUUCUUCUAACCUUGGUCGUUCAGUUUUACAAAUCCCUACAUUCAGUUUUAUUACUGUUCAGUGAUGACUUUUAAUUUCUUCUUCCUUCUUUGCACAUUUGAAUCCAUACGUGGAUUUCAUCAUAUUUUUGAAUACUUCCUGCAUGGUUUGUAACACAAGGUUAGUAGAUUAUAUCUUCCUACUAAGAGUUAGCAAAGUUCGUGGUAAGCUUUACACAAUUGAAUAGGGAUAAUUACUGGUUUAGAGAAGGGACAGUGUGUCAUAGUAUAUAUGGGUCAUUUGUUCAGUUGGGACUGGAAUCUUUCUGUAAGUGUUUUUUAUGUGGGGGGGAGGGUGUGUGGUGGUAUUUUUCUGGAAAGAUCCUCUGCUAUAUCUUAUUUUGUAUGAUCUAAAUGUUUUCUUUUUCUUGUAGAUUUGUAGAAAACAUACCAGUUCUAGAACAAAUGAAUCAGAUUUUACACGUCUUGUUUAUAUUUUUACCCUUUCUGUGGGCACUUGGGACUCUGCCCCCACCUGAUGCACUUUUCUUAUGGGCAAUGGAACAGAUUUUAGAGUUUGGCCUUGGAGGUUCGUCUAUGUCAACCCACCUACGGUUAUUAGUAAUGUUCAUCAUUUCUACUGGAACAGCCAUAAUAUCAUAUUGCAUUCCCAGCACUAUUGGUGUAGUUCUUUUCAUGACUGGACUUGGGUUAUUACUGAGUCUUAACCUAAGUGACAUAAGUUUUGUUUUCAAACACAGUAUAAUGAAAUACAGAGAAGGAAACAAAUCUGAAACUUUACCCAGUGGUUCAGAAAAACAAUUUAUGUGGAAGGAAUGCCUUUUGUAUGUCAUUGUACUAGUCUUGGCUCUCCUGGAAACUAGUUUGCUACAUCAAUUUGCUGGUUUCUCACAGAUUUCUAAAAGCAGUUCCCAGGAUAUUGUUGGCUAUAUCUUGAUGAUAUUACUUAUAAUAUCGUGGAUACUUAAAGAAAUUCAAAGUAUCUAUAUCUUCGGAAUUUUCCGAAACCCUUUUUAUCCAAAGGAUGUACAAACUCUGACUGUAUUCUUAGAGAAACAAAGCAAGCUCCUGAAGAUUGGCGUUGUCAGACGGAUAUUGCUAACUUUAGUGUCACCUUUUGCUAUGAUAGCAUUUCUUUCAUUGGAUAGUUCCUUACAAGAGCUCCACUCUCUCUCUGUCUCCAUUGGAUUCACAAGAGCUUUUAGAAUGGUAUGGCAGAAUACAGAAAAUGCUUUAUUGGAGACAGCUAUUGUAUCAGCAGUACACUUGUUGAUCUCUAAUUCAGAUUUAUGGUGGAAUAGAAGCCUAGAUACAGGAAUCAGACUGUUACUGGUUGGUAUCAUGCGUGAUCGUCUGAUUCAGUUAAUCUCUAAAUUGCAGUUUGCUGCAACUGUACUUGUGGCAUCUUGGACGGAGAAGAAGCAGCGUCGAAAAACAACUGCUACUUUAUGUAUUCUCAAUAUUGUCUUCUCUCCAUUUGUGAUGGUCAUCAUCGUUUUUUCUACACUACUCUCUUCUCCCUUACUCCCCCUCUUUACUCUGCCUGUGUUCUUUGUGGGGUUCCCCCGACCUAUUCAGGUUUGGCCAGGAGCAGUAGGCACCACAGCUUGUGUUUGUGCAGAUACGGUCUUCUACUCCCAGAUGGUCCCCAGUUUGACUGCCGCAUUGCAGACUGCAAUGGCAUCUGGAAGUUUAGGUCUCCUCUUACCUGGGUCUCAUUACUUGGGCCGUUUCCAGGAUCGUUUAAUAUGGAUAAUGAUUCUAGAACGUGGCUAUACUUACUGCUGUAUUAACAUUAAGGGGUUAGAAUUGCAAGAAACAUCAUGUCAUAUGGCUGAAGCUCAAAGAGUUGAUGAAGUUUUUGAUAGUGCUUUUGAGCCUGAAGAAUAUACAAAAGUAUGUUCCCUUAAUGAACACUUUGGAAAUGUCUUGACACCCUGUACUGUUUUGCCUGUGAAACUGUAUUCUGAUGCCAGGAAUGUCCUAUCUGGCAUAAUUGAUUCCCAUGAAAACUUAAAAGAAUUUAAAGGUGACCUUGUUAAAGUACUUGUGUGGAUACUCAUUCAGUACUGUGCUAAAAGGCCCAGCAUGCAAGAGAAUAUUCACAAAUGUGAAAGUAAAAGGGAAACACCUCUAGUGAUCCUGCCGGCUUCAAAUACUUCACCACAUACAAAAUCCCCAGAAGACACUGAUAGUUUAAAUUCAGAAACGUUUGAUGACUGGUCUGAUGAUAAUAUUUUUGAUGAUGAACCGAGUAUCAAAAAAAAAGAAGAAAAACAGCAGUUGAAAGAUUUUCAAGGUACAAAUUUGCCUAUUCCAGGAUCAGUAGACUCACAGAGGGUUGGUGAUCAUUCUACAGGCACAGUUGCUGAAAACAGUCUUUACAAAGCAGUUAUGUUGGGAUACCCUGCUGUUGACAAAGGGAAACAGGAAGAGAUGGCAUAUGUCCCUCUCAUGGACUUCAGUUGUUCCCAUUCUCACUUACUGAGCUUACCUGAAGAAUGGAGAUCUAACUUUAUGCCUAAUUCCACAAUGAAAGAGCUGAGUUCAUUAUUUCCAGAAGACUGGUACCUAUUUGUUUUAAGGCAGUUGAAAUGUUUCCACUCAGAAGAAAAGGCCUCAACUCUACUGGAAGAAAUUGCAAAGGAUAAAGUUUUAAAAGACUUUUAUGUUCAUACAGUAAUGACUUGUUAUUUUAGUUUAAUUGGAAUAGACAAUGUGGUUCCUAGUCCUGGUCAUAUAUUAAGAGUUUUCAAUGGUGUUUUGCCCUGGUCUGGUGCCUUGGAUUGGCUCACAGAAAAAACAGAGCUGUUCCACCUGGCUUUGAAAGCAUUCAGGUAUACUCUGAAACUAAUGGUUGAUAAAGCAAGUUUGGGUGCAAUAGAAGACUUUACAGAGCUGGCCAGCUGCCUUGACGAAUAUGAAAGUGACUGGUACAUUGGUUUAGUAUCAGAUGAAAAAUGGAAGGAAGCGAUUUUACAAGAAAAGCCAUGCUUAUUUUCUCUGGGAUAUGAUCCUAAUAUGGGAGUUUACACUGGGAGAGUACUUACCCUUCAAGAAUUGUUGAUCCAGGUUGGGAAGUUAAAUGCAGAAGCUGUUAGAGCUGCACUUCAAAGGUGGCAAGAAGAAGGAGAGAGCAUGUCAGUGGGUGCACAUGUGACCGUGAACUGGCCAAAGACUCCUCAGCCCAAGUGGCAAGUUCAGGGAUGGACAUGUGACCCUGCUGACCACUCAGCAUCCUCCAGGACCCACCUGCUAGUGCCGCUGGGAAGAGUUCCUCUUGCUUUGGGGAAAUGUAGACUAGAGACGGUUUGUGACCAAACACUGACCCCAUGGAAGAGGCACAUCUGAAAUGGGGAGGGAAGGAGGGCAGCAUGCAAAGGAAAGCCACAACAGAGACAAGAGGCAGAUGGUGACAAGGACGUCACCACUGUUACACUGUUUCUGAGCCUUCUCCCCCUCCUAUGGCCCAUGCUGCUUUCUCCCUGUGAUACAUGUGCUAAUAA